CUUUUUAUGGCGGACAUAUUGUUCGCUGGAUGUGUGUGCGAGAAGUUGUAAAUAAUUUAGAGAAUAAGAAAUAAUGUCAUUAUCCACAGCUCGCCCUCUAGUGAGCAUUUACAAUGAGAAAUCGGAAGAAGUGAAAGGCAGCAGCGUCUCUUUGCCAGCUGUCUUUAAGGCCCCAAUCAGACCAGAUGUAGUCAACUUUGUACAUCAGCAGGUUUCUAUGAACCAUCGUCAGCCCUACAGCGUUAGCGACAAAGCUGGUCAUCAAACCUCAGCCGAAUCAUGGGGAACAGGUCGUGCUGUAGCUCGUAUUCCACGUGUCCGUGGUGGUGGUACCCACCGUUCUGGUCAGGGAGCUUUCGGUAACAUGUGUCGUGGAGGUCGCAUGUUCGCACCUACAAAGCCAUGGCGUCGUUGGCACAGACGUGUCAAUAUUAACCAACGUCGUUACGCUCUCGCUUCGGCUGUAGCCGCCAGUGGGGUACCCGCUUUGGUUAUGAGCAAGGGUCACGUCAUUGAUCAAAUUCCAGAAUUGCCUUUAGUUGUUAGCGAUAAGGUACAGGAAAUGCAGAAGACCAAGGAGGCUGUACAAUUCUUGAGGAGAAUUAGAGCUUGGGCUGACAUCCAAAAGGUUUACAAGAGCCAGCGCUUCCGUGCUGGUAAAGGAAAGAUGCGUAACAGGAGACGCAUCCAACGUAAAGGACCUCUCGUGGUUUACCAUAAAGAUCAAGGUCUUCGUCGUGCUUUCCGUAACAUCCCCGGUAUUGAUCUAAUCAGCGUCCAUAAACUCAACAUUUUGAAACUCGCUCCUGGUGGUCACGUAGGUCGUUUCGUUAUUUGGACGGAAUCCGCCUUCCAGCGUCUAGACAAAUUGUUUGGCACAUGGAAAACACCAUCGCUAGACAAGAAGAGCUACAAUUUACCACAACCUAAAAUGUCCAACACAGACUUGUCCAGAUUGUUGAAAGCUGACGAAAUCAAAGCUGUUCUUAGGGCUCCUCAAAAGAAGGUGGUGCGUCGCGUUCGUCGUCUUAAUCCAUUGACCAACAUGAGGGCCAUGCUUAAAUUGAAUCCAUAUUCUGCAGUACUCAAGAGGGAAGCCAUCUUGAAGAACCAGAAGAGGCAAUCAGAAAGAGACGAAAGUUUAGCCAAAAAACGUGGAAUUACUCUUAGCGCUGACAAUGUCGUUAUAAAAUCGAGGAAAUUGCAAGAAAAAAGAAGGGCGCAAAUUUUGAAAGAUAAAAAAUCAAAGCCCAAGAAGGCUAAGGCACCCAAGGCCAAAGUUGCAGGAAAGAAAUAAUCGGGUUGCUGCGGUUUUUUGCGUAUUCGUUAAGUUUUAUGCAUUUUGACUGUGGUAUUCCGACUGUUAAGAAAUAAAAACUAUAAAAAUUGAUUUUUUUAUUGUCUUUUUUUUAUUUAUAUGAUAAUAAAUAUAUCUUUAAAAUGUAA